AUGUCUCCUCUCGCGUUUCUCAAGACCUCGCUUGUCAUAUUCGUGUCUCUACUCCUUGGCCUCACCGCCGUGUCAGCGCGAGAGAGCCUAGUCCGCCCUCCGAAUUUUCCGGUCAUUGGCGGCCCACAGCUCCCAGAUGCACAAAUUGGCCUUUUCUAUCAGAGCUUUCAAGAUGCCAUCUUCCUAGCGAAACACGCUGCCAUGUACUGGCCGUGCGAUCCGACAGUUGAUAAGACGUUCCUCCGCUAUUUUCGCCCCGAGAAUGCGCGUUUUGUGAAGGACAUCUUCAGAACCAUCGCCAAUAUCCCCCUGGACCUGGAUCUCACAGACAAAGACGCCGUAGCGCAGCUAGCAGGUCAACCGCUAUCAUACCAUCCCAAGUACAACCGAUUGUCGAUCUAUUUUCUAGGAGACCAUCCUGGGCUCCCCACAGACCCGAGCGCUCGACUAUUCUGUGGCAAUUCUGGCAAGAAACAGGCACACACGAGGUCUGAACCUGACGGGUCCAGCGCACUGAUGUCGGUGUGUAAGGUAACUUUCCGGAGCAGCCCGAUGCUCAAGGACGUGACGAACCCCCCUGCUUGGGCAAUAGAUCCAAACAAAGACCAAACCCACAAAACACAAUUCUAUGACGGGUUCGGUUGUGAGAACCUCGGGGACACCGACAGUGACUAUAUGGACAGCCCCGCCGCCGUAGUUCUGCACGAGCUGUUGCACUUCCCUGGCCUCUUUGCUGACGUCCCCAGCUAUGCUGCCAUGAUUCCCACCAGAAGUGGACAACCAGAGCAUCUCAUUGAAGACUGGUGGGGACCUUCUCCAAUCGAUGGUUAUGGCGCCUACAACGCGAUGCUCAUCAGCAAGACUCCUCCCAAGGAUCGGAAUGGACGGAGGUUUCUGCCAAUCUACAAUGCCGACAACUACGCGUGGUACGCCAUCAGCAGCUAUUUUUCCAGAAAGUGCACCAAAGAGUUCCAGGAUGCUCCAAAUGACAAGGCCGUCUGGAAGAAUCGUCACCCACCGCCCUGGCCAUUCGACGUUUCGCCGGUAUAG